AUGUCUUCUCCCGCCGCCGCCUUCUACCCGGUGUCGCCCAAGGCCGCGCUCAAGGCCACCUACGUGGGCCAGUCCAUCCGCAACAUCCCGACGCCGGCCGUCAUCAUCGAUGUCGCCGCGGCGCGGCGCAAUUGCGAGCGCAUGCUGCAGGCGUGCGAUAGGCUGAAGCUGUCCUGGAGAGCCCACGUCAAGACGCACAAGACGGUCGAGCUGGCUCGGCUCCAGGUUGGAGCCGAUGCCGCCCGGCCCGCCAACCUCAUCGUGUCGACCCUGGCCGAGGCCGAGUUUCUACUACCCGCCCUAACCGAGUAUCGAAGCCAGGGAAGACGGGUGAAUGUUCUCUACGGCCUCCCCGUUGGCCAAAACGCAGUGCCUCGCCUAGCCGCCGUGGCCCAGUCGCUCGGUCCGGGCAGCGUCUCCGUCUUGCUAGAUGACCCCGCCCAGCUACCCGUCGUGUCGCGCCUCCGCCAGCAGUCGGGCUUUGUGCCCGAUGCCCUCAUCAAGAUCGACAUGGGCGGUCGGCGCGCGGGGGUCGUCGCAGACAGCGCUCGCUUCCUCGAGCUCGCCGACGCUGCCCUCGAGGCGCACAAGCAGGGGGACAUGUGCCUCGCUGGCUUGUACUCGCACGCAGGCCACUCCUACGGGGGGGACAGCCGGGUGGCCGCCCUCAAGAUGAUGAAGGCAGAGAUCAGCGCCAUGCGGGACGGCGCCGACUGUCUACGAGCGAGAGCGGCGGACAAGGGCGUGUCCGAGUUGUCUCGGCUGACCCUGUCUGCAGGGGCAUCGCCGACGGCCUUGUCGGCCGAGGCGGCCUCGCUCGCGGCCCUCUUCGACGCCGUCAAGGAUGAGGGCCACACCGUCGAAAUCCAUGCCGGCGUCUAUCCCACGCUGGACCUGCAGCAGCUGGCCGCGCAUAGCCUCUCCUCCUCGCGGCUGUCGUGGGGUGAUAUUGCGUUGACUGUCCUCGCCGAGGUGCACAGCGUCUACCCUGAGCGAGGCGCAGACGGGACCGCCGAGGUCCUGAUCGGCGCCGGCCUGCUGGCCCUGGGCCGCGAGCCGCCGGGCGUCGACAUGCCGGCCGGGGACGUCGAGGACUUCCAGGGCUGGGUCGUCGGCCGCUUCUCCCAGGAGCACGGGAUCCUGACGUGGACGCGCAGUCAGACCGACAAGCCCGGCCCGACGCCGGAGCAGGGCAUGGUCGAGGUGGGCCAAAGGGUCCGGCUGUGGCCCAACCACGCCUGCAUCACCAGCAGCCACUAUGGGUGGUACUUUGUCGUGGACCAAGGCAGGGCCGGCAAGGAGGACGAGAUUGUCGACAUCUGGCCCCGGGCCAAGGGCUGGUAG